UGCAAGUUUAAACGCUCCCUUGCCUCCCAAGGAAAACAGACCCACGUCGGGCCAGAAGCGGAAAGGCUCCUUCCCGAAAAGUGAACGUGGGUUGGCGGGGCGUGGCCUGGAUCGCCGAUCGAGGGACUUUCACUCUCCCUGGGGAACGAGCCGAGUCCGCUGACAAUUCAGCCGGAGUUGCGGCCUCCCACCCGUUGCUCUCGCCUGGCCCGCGAUCUGUGUUUCUGCCUGGCGGGGAAGAAGCGCCCGAGUUAUCCGAGGGACCUUCGAAGUUGUCAAAGAAAGGGGCGCCCUCAGCCCGGCUUCUCCCGGGGCGCUGCCGAGCAUGGGCGGGCAGUGCUGCUGCUUAUCCGAAGAGCAGAAGGCGAACCGGCUCCUGAGGCUGGAGAUCGAGCGGCGGCUGCGUCGAGACAAGCGGCGUUCUAACAAGGAGCUGAAGCUGCUGCUGUUGGGUACAGGAGAAAGUGGGAAAAGUACAUUUAUCAAGCAGAUGAAGAUAAUUCAUGGAUCAGGCUUUUCAGAAGAAGAGAGGAAAAGCUACACAAAACUGGUUUAUCAUAACAUAUAUUCUGCUAUCCAAGCUAUGGUGAGCGCUAUGGAUGCUUUACAAAUACCAUACUCAUCUGAACAAAGCAAG